GGGUCAUAUUUCAGGGUGUUUGUGUUUAUGCAAGGGUUAUAAGAAGGCAGUCGCAAUGCGGAGCAAUGACACAUUGUGUUGUGCUGCGGAAAAUGAUACAGGUAACUUGGAAAUGCUUUAAGGGAUAUUUCUCCAAGACCUUCCACACCAUGAACGCAUUUUGCCUGUGAUCUUAAAUCCAGUAAAAUGCUGCUUAGGAGGAAUCUGAGUGAAAGGAAUUAGCCUCAAGGUUUUUGCUCUCUUUACUUUCCGAGUAGAAGAAACAAUCAGGAUGGCUUCCAGAAACAGAAGAAAUUCUACAGGAACUCAAAAUACAUUCUACCACAAGGAUGAAGUUUGCAAGUAUGGAUUCCUUACCAAAUCACCACCUCUUCAACUUUUGAACUCUCAGAAUUCCUGGAAAAGGCGGCUUUUCGUCUUGUCCAAAUCCAGCAAAGGCUGUUACACCCUGAAGUAUCUAAAAGGCCAGAAUGUAAAGGGCUCCAUCGCUGUUGAUCAGAUCGUAAAUAUAGAAAUUGGCAUAAGUAAUUCUGAAAGGAUGGCAACAGUAAGGAAGAUGUUUAAAUGCUCUCCUGAAGAGGUGAUAUCUAUCAGUACUGGAGACAGAAGUUACUACCUCAUUGGGAGGAGCAGGGAGGAGAUAAAGGACUGGGUUGCUGAGAUAUCUUCGGUCUGGAGGGAGGCGAUAGGAGGAGGAUGUCCUCAGGAGAAAGGUCCCUCAGAAGAAAAGAACAGGCCUAAUUCAGAUCCUGGCCCCUAUCAAUCUCAGUACGACUCACUGAGAAGAGUUUUUCCAAGCCAGAACAAAGAUUUGGAAAAGACUAAGGAAAAUCCACUGUCGUCAGAUACAGAUGAAGACGUCAAAGAGGAAGAGGAGGAAUAUUACAAAACCCCCAGCAAUCUUUUAGCAAAGUGUAAUACUGAAAUAUCACAGCCUGACCCUACAGCUGAGCCUAAUGUCCCUGUGCAAGAGAAGCCAGUGCAGAAGGACCCAGUAAAGGAGAACGUUUAUAUGUCAAUGAAAGCACUGGUCCUGGACGAUAAUCACCAGCUCAUGUGCACCAGUGAUGGACUCCCGACUCCUGCCAAGCGCCAGGAAACGAGUGCAUGCCCAAGAGACUUGGUGGCAAACGGAGACCUAAAACUUGAAGAAAGCACCACCAGGCAGCAGCCAACCCUCCAGAAAAGGCAAAGCUCGUUACCCCUUUCGGUGGUUCAACUGACUAUACUACUCAGUCAAAUUACAGAUGAGACCCAACUGCAGAAGUUGGAUAUUUUCAUCCCCCUGACUGAUAUUAACAAUUACCUAACACUUACCGAGGCAGCAGGACAAAUAUGUGUCUCACAUUGGACUGGUACUUACAAACUUGGAUGUAUAUUUAACCACGGAGACCGUAUAGUGGCUGUGAAUGACCUGCACCCACAGAAUGUGGAGGAGGUUUCCCUGUUUAUCAGCAGGUCCGCAAGAAAGGAGGUGAAACUUACUGUUUGUAGGAUCCCAGGUUCAGAUAUCUUCCAUGUUAAAGGCUGCUCAUUGAACAUGGGGAAUGAUUGA